CAGAAAAUCAGAAAAAUGGGACCCCGUUCUAAUUUCAUCUAAGUCGUCACCCAUGCUUCUUCACUUCCCAUAAAAUCUGAACCCACCGGAGACUGCCAUGACGGAUCACCACCACCGGUUCGGCCAAAUCCGAUCUACCUCCCAGGUCCUAAGACAAGCCGCCGUGCAUUUCACCACCCACCCUUUCACAUUCCUUUUCCUUUCUUUACUCCUCUUCUCUUUCCGUUGUUUAGUUGAAUCCGGUUCCCUUCUCCUCACUUCCUUCAUCGAACGUGACCCUUCUUUCAAAUCCCUUCUUUCCCGCCUCGACCUUCAUCCUUCCCACCCCCACGCGCGUCUUCACCCUACUCGCCGUCCUUUCCUUCACCUCACCCGUGUCGGUACUCUUGACGACGACUUCUUUUCUUCCGACGAUGAUCACCCGGACCGCUCCCUCUUUGGUUCUUUUCCUAACCGCCCCAUCAAUUCUACGCCGGUCAUUCUUUCCAACUUUGACACUAGAUUGGGAUUUUCGCAUUCCGUGGCGGAUAACGGGAUUCUGUUGCCGGAGAUUGUUCGUCACGGUGUUAAAUUCAAGACUAGCCCCUUUGUAUAUGAAAGAAAUGAAGGGGAACAACAAGAAGAAAGAGUUGUGGAUUUUCAGUUCGUGUAUAAAGGAUUUGAGUUGGGCCGUCAAGAUGCAGCGACGCUUUUUUUCCUCGUCAGCUUUUUAUCGUUUUCGUAUGGGUGGUUAAUUCUAGGGUUUACAACGAUUUACUCUUUGAUUUUGGGUGUUCUUUUUGUUACAGUUGUUAAUGACUUGAUUGGAAGAUUUGUUUCCUUUAUUGGGGCUUUUUUGGAUGGGUCAAAAGUGGGAUUAAAAAGACUCACUGGGUUCGUUUUAAUGAAAUGGGCGGUAAGAGACGCGGUGACUCAGCUUCUUGGAUUAUGGUAUUUCGGAGAAAUUGAGGAUCACUACUCGUUUUUCAAGCUUUUUGUUAGGUUAAAGUUGAUGCCUUUUUCGGUUAUGUCACCGUGGAUUAGGGGUUUUGAGAAGGAGAUUUCAGGGUUUUUGUUUACGUGGUUCUUGGUGGAUACUUUAGUUGCAUUCGCUUUCUCUUUAGCUGCUUGGAUUGCCAUUGUGGAUUCGAGAAGAACCGGGAGGGAAAUUAUUGAAGAAGGUUGUUAUUUGAUGUCAACACUCUUGAACCAAGCGAUACAGAUCAAGUGCUAUGAAGCUAUUGUCAUGUGGGUUUUGACUUAUAUAGGUGGGGAACAUUUUUUCGCUACUGUUAUUGAGGCUGCUUUGGAGCUGUAUUUCAUGGUGGCUUGGUUGAUAUUUUACUUUAUGGUAAGGUGUAGGGAAGCUAGUGCAGAGGGUAGAAGGUAUGGGAGGAGAGAAUUGGAGGUUUUGGUUGAUGGACUUACAUGAUAAUCAACUGGGGAAAAAUGGGUUGAACAUGCCUUUGCAGAUGGUAAUUUCGACUGUGACACUGAAGAUACGGUUAAAGAUACAGAUAACCGUAUCAAGCGCGUCGUGUCUUCCUGGUUUUUUGCAGUGAGUGAUGCCAUACUGCCAUUGUUUGGUGUAAGAACCUGCCAAUACGUUCCAUGUACGUUUGAUUUUAUCAUGAGGCAAUACAUUGCUUUGUAUAUUUUCACUAAAAUUGCUUUUGUCUGUAUAUUUUGUUGCAAUCAAUUGGUGUUUACUGGCUUGCAGUAUUUGUUCCUUGCUGGUAUCUAUGAGUACAGUAAUGAUGCUAUUAUGUUUA